AUGUCGUCCGCCGUCGUCCACGAUGACGAUCUCAUGGAGCCCACCCUCCAGUCGAUCAUCAACCAGAAGACUCUACGCUGGAUCUUCGUGGGUGGUAAAGGAGGUGUAGGGAAAACCACCACCUCCUGCUCUCUCGCCAUCCAGCUGGCCAAAGCUCGCAAAUCCGUCCUCCUGAUCUCGACCGACCCCGCACACAACCUGAGUGACGCCUUCGGGCAGAAGUUCGGAAAGGAGGCUCGCCUGGUGGAUGGAUACACGAACCUGAGCGCGAUGGAGAUCGACCCCAAUGGAAGCAUCCAGGACCUCCUGGCCAGCGGUGAGGCACAGCAGGACGAUCCGAUGAGCGGACUGGGCGUCGGGAACAUGAUGCAGGAUCUGGCAUUCAGCAUCCCCGGUGUCGACGAAGCCAUGUCAUUUGCCGAGGUCCUGAAGCAGGUCAAGUCGCUUUCGUACGAGGUCAUCGUGUUCGACACCGCUCCGACCGGUCAUACUCUGCGUUUCCUCCAGUUCCCCACUGUGCUUGAGAAGGCCCUCGCGAAACUCUCGCAGCUGUCCUCGCAGUUCGGACCCAUGCUGAACUCGAUCCUUGGCGCCCGGGGUGGUCUGCCCGGUGGUCAGAACAUGGACGAGCUCCUGCAGAAGAUGGAGUCCCUGAGGGAGACUAUCAGCGAAGUCAACUCCCAGUUCAAGGACGCCGAUAUGACCACCUUUGUGUGUGUCUGUAUCGCCGAGUUCUUGUCUCUGUAUGAGACGGAGCGCAUGAUCCAGGAGUUGACGAGCUACGGCAUUGAUACGCACUCUAUCGUGGUCAACCAACUCCUGUUCCCCAAGGAAGGUAGCGGAUGUGACCAGUGCAACGCACGGAGAAAGAUGCAGAAGAAGUAUCUGGAGCAGAUCGAGGAGCUCUACGAAGAUUUCAACGUUGUCCGCAUGCCCCUCCUGGUUGAGGAAGUGAGAGGAAAGGAGAAGCUUGAAAAAUUCAGCGACAUGCUUGUACAUCCGUAUUCGCCUCCCGAGUAA